GUUGAGAGAGAUGUGGCUGAAUCCGGCUGAGGUGUCGCUGAAAAAUGCGCUCAAUCUCUGGAUCACGGACAAAUCUAACGAUUAUUUUCUCCUGCAGCGAAGAAGGGGACAUGGAGACACCGGGGGCAAAUUCACGGGUAUGUUGGUGGGAGCACUGGAUACCAUGUUGGACUCAAAUGCACGGGUCACUCCAUUUCGGAUACUUCUACAAGUUCCGGGUUCACAGAGCAGCUGGGUCAUCGCUAGUGGGGCCACAGCUGAAGAAGUUCAGAAACACUGGAAAUGGCUGGACCAGAACUUGUUGCCGUACAUGUCUGUAUUUGAGAACAAACAGGACGCUGCAAGCUUUGCACAGGGCAAAGUCAAGGGCCUAAUUGCUGAAGAAGUACUAGUUGGCCAGGCAGCACUGGAAGAUGACCCAACCCGUUUCCGUGAGGCAAUGGUGCGAUUCGAGCAGCGAUUUGGCCUUCCACUGAAAGAAAAAUUGGUGGCUCAUUACUCCUGCUGCUACUGGAAAGGCCGAGUGCCUCGUCAAGGCUGGAUCUACCUCUCCACCAAUCACUUGGCUUUCUACUCCUUUCUGCUCGGAAAAGAAGUGAAGCUGUUGAUUCCAUGGGCAGAAGUCACGGCUCUGGAGCGUGCGACCUUUGGUCUUAUCAAUGAUGCGAUUCGAGUUCAAACGCGUCAGAAGCAGCGUGAAUUCUCCAUGUUCCUUGAUGUCGAUGAAGUGAUGACCGUGAUGACUCAGUUGGGCGACAUGGCACUGCGAAGACUGUUUGAUAACGGCAAAGUGGACCCGGAUUCCAAUAUUACUAAACGGGCACUGGAGCAGCAGGCCCUGUGCCAGUAUGUGCUGUCGCUUUUUGGCCUCCCACGUUCUGAGACAUUAAAGGAAGUGAUGCGAUGUGCAGCUUGGACGCCUCAUGCCCGAUGUCAUACAGCUGGGACUCUCUAUGUUACAGAAAAUUACAUGGCCUUCAGCAGCCUUCAGGAGGGACACUGCACCCUCCUUAUCCCACUCGCUGAGGUGCAGUCUGUGGAGAAAGCAGAGAGCACUGGUGCUCUGCCAAACCCCGUGAUCAUCAGUGUGCGCUCGAAGCGGGCAUUCCAACUGAUUGAAGUGACGCGACGAGACCAGCUGGUGGACGAUCUGAAUGCACGUCUCCGAGUGUUUCGCUGGGAGAGCGACCGCAGAAGGACUCUGACUUCCUCCACGCCAUAUUAUACGUUCUGCUAUGACACGGAUGAUACUCUCCAUCCUGUUAUUCUCGAGGAAGCACUAAUCACCACAUUCCAAACCAGCCAAUCAGAAUCCUCUGAGCACAGGCGUCUGUGGGAUGAGCACUUUGAGGAGUUCGGCCGAGGCGUGCAUAUGUUCCGCACUGAGAAAACACGAAAACUGGUAGCUGCGGGCAUCCCGGAGUCACUGCGUGGAGAGAUGUGGCUAACCUUUUCAGAUGCAUGGUCCUCUAUGAACAGCCAUUCGCGCUCUUAUACUGAUUUGCUGGAGGAGAGGACCAGUGAGCAGACGAGUGACGAGAUCGAGAGAGACCUGCGGCGCUCAUUGCCUGAACACGCUGCGUUUCAGAGUGAGACAGGCAUCGCAGCAUUACGCCGUGUACUCAACGCCUACGCCUUCCGCAACCCAGGCAUUGGCUACUGCCAGUCUAUGAACAUUUUAGCAUCAGUGUUGCUGCUCUACACAAGAGAGGAAGAAGCAUUCUGGCUGCUGGUCACAGUGUGUGAGAGAAUGCUGCCUGAUUACUUCAACCGCAGAGUCAUUGGUGCUCAGGUGGACCGCUCUGUGUUUGAGGAACUGAUCCGUGAGCGAUUGCCGCACCUGGCCGAACGUGUUCCAGACCUUUCUGCUCUCUCUUCGCUCUCGCUCUCUUGGUUCCUCGCUCUGUUCCUCAGCGCUGUUCCGUUCCGUAGUGGCCUGCGCAUCCUCGACUGCUUCUUCUGCCAUGGCAUCAAAAUCAUUUUCCAGCUGGGCCUUGCUGUGCUUGAUGCUAACGUUGAUGAAAUUUGUGCUAGCACUGACGAUGGUCAGUCACUAAUGAUACUGACCAGUUUCCUGGAACGUGUCCGAGAUGACGAGGGGUUGGGUGUGAGUUCUGAGGAGACGAGGCCUGCAGGAUACACGCAGAUCAGUGCUCUCAUCACUGAUGCAAAUGAGAAAUUUGGGGACCUGACAGUAAAGCAACUGGAAAGGAUGAGAUCAAGACACAGAAUCCAAGUGCUGCAGGCCCAUGAGGAUACCUCUAAAGAGAACACCUUGCGGAUUGUCUCGCCUGGUGUGUGUCUCUCUCAGGAUGAUCUGUCAGAACUCUACGACCUCUUUAAGACGGAACAUUUCAUUAACUUGUACUGGGGAGAUGGAGUGUGUUCUACUAUUCCUGAACAAUACCAAGUGGACCGUGCCCAGUUUAAGAGCCUUUACCAACUGUUGAUGCCUUGGCAGUGUGGAUCACACACUCAUACAAUGGCACAGAGAACUUUCAAUCUGUUGGACCAAGAUGGACAAAACCAUAUCACAUUCAGCCAGUUUGCUCACUGGAUCGAUACCCUGUACUGUGAAGAGCUGAAUGAGAAAGUCAGGCUUCUCUAUCGUCUCCACAUUCCACCUGCCCUGACUGAGAAUGAAGGCAGUCCUUCUCCUGUGAAGGCUCCCAUCCUUUCCUCCACCAGACCUCUCUGUGUCAACCUGCCCAAUGGAGAGGAGAAAAGCUAUGAAGAGCAGCUGAAGCAGAUGUUGAAGGACUUGGGCAAGGAGAAAGAAAAAGGCUUGGAGAAACCCCUCCCUCAUAUGAAACAACAAGAGUUUGUCCAGUUUUGCAAGACGCUGUGCAGUAUGUUCCAUGGUGUCCCUGGUGAAAAUGAACUCUUCCAAGCCAUUGCUGUGGUCACCAGUUUAGUACUGCAGAUUGGUGAGGCCCGGCACAAGGGAGCUGAACCAAGGGAAUCGGACCAAACUGCAUUGCAAUCGGACCAAACAGUCUCUGCGUCUGGGAGAGGAAGCGUGUCCGAGGCAGGAAGUGAUUGGACAGUGAGUUUUGAGCAGAUUUUAGCCUCGCUGCUGACUGAGCAGGUACUUGUGACCUUCCUGGAGACACCAGUAAAUCUUGGUGAGAAGAUUGCAUUGGCGAAGGAGAAGCAGUAUCAGCAGCGUUCAGGACUGCUGAUGGUCCAACACAGCAUUAGCUGAGACCUGAACCAUCCUAGACUGGUGUCUUUAGAUGCUAAACAGGAUGAUUGGAAGCUGUGAAUUUGUGACGACUUGGGUUUUGCCCAGUCUGUGGUUUGUAGUGAAACAGAAGAAAACACCAGGAAUGGGCUAGAAAAAUGUGAGAUUUGGACCAGCUUGGGUUAGACUUUUAACAUCUUUUAUGAUUCAAGUUUCUGAAAUAGUUAGUGGUUUUAAUGGUGAAAUUGUACAGUGGUUCUCAACCUGGCUAUUGGAGCAUGACCUGCUGACCACAAGGUUAUUGUUUUUCCUGCUUCAAACUCUGUCUUUACCCCCAUUUUCACCAAACUUGGUCAUUUACAAAUUCCCACCAACUAGCUAGCAUUCCCUGAUCACACAGCAACCGAAGGAGCCCAGAAGUAGGAACAAUGUGUAGUCUGUGGAGGGUUUAUUUUAUUUUAAACAUAUAGCCCUUGCAAAAAUGACCUGCGUAAGGUAUUGCAGGUAUGUGUAUAUGUGAGCAUAUUAUGGUUACCACCAAGGAGUGUUUGAGUGUUUUUUGGGGAUUAGGAGGAAAGAAGGGUUGAAUGGUGAGUUACCACUUGCCUGGUUGUUACCGUGAAACCAUGCAUCUACAAACAUACCUUAGUGGGCUUGACCAUGAUUUUUGAACAUGCCUAUGUUCAUACUAAUGAGUCACAAAGAGAGCUCAUAACAUUUAAAUCAAAGGUGAAUCAAUGUGUACAAAUCGUAUAGUGGGUUGUAGGCUUUACAUUCUGGCUACUACUGUUUCUCAUUAGAAUUUGGUGGAAGGGGAGGAGCAUAAGUUGCACGUCACUUACUAAUGUGAUUUGUACAGGGAAGGAACUAAGAUUUAAGUAGUAUUUGAGAUUUUAAAAGUAUUUGAUCCUCUUGGUAUCCCUGGAGGACCAUGUAGUGGAUUCAACCAUGAAGGGGAAGCUGGUCUUUCCUGAAUUAAAUAAACUACUAAACCAAGGGGCCAAAGAACUUAAUGUUAUGAUCACUGAUCACACAUGCGUCUUAAGAAAACCAUGCCGUAGCGAUUUAAACAUCUCACACUUUUAUGUAGUACACAGAACUGAUGUGAGGAAUUAAAAGUUGCCAUCUUUUUAUUUUUGAUUGUGAAAUCAAAAUAAGAAAGACUUCGAAACAAGUCAUCCAGUAUAGUGACUAAGGUCAAUGCCCAGUGAGUGUUUCUGUGAAGCAUUACAAAAUCCUGUACCAUAACUUUUUUAAAUUUACCUCCUGUUACUGUCUGAUCAUCUUGUAAAGAAAUGCUUAAAAAGCAGUCUCUGCACUUUCCCCACACUGUGCCUUCAACAGUUUUCAUGGCUGACUGUACAGAGUUUCAACUUUUCAUACAAGACUGUAUUAGUUUUUUUUAAUUGUCACAUAUUUUUUAAUCCUUGUAUCUAUUUUUAUUUUAUAUUAAACACAAACAUACUGCUUA